AUGAAGGUUCUUAUAACCGCCACCUGUGCCGCGAUCCUGCUUCCUCUGGCAGCAGCAGAUUGGCAAUUCAAGUCUCGAACCGACCUUGCUCCGCCCCGCCUGAACGUCACCAUCCCGGCAACCGCGGACGUCGAAAAGGGAUACCUCUUCGUAGCCCCCUUCGCCGGUCAAUGGGCCGAACCCCAAUUCCAUGGUCCCCGCCAGGAAGGUCCGUACAUCUUCCGGGAUGACGGCGAGCUGGUCUGGUCUGGAUACGGUUACUACUCGAUCUGGGCGGCUAACUUCCAGGCUGCCCGGUGGAAGGGCCAGGAUGUAUUGUUCAGCUUUGAAGGUGACCAUAACCCGGGUUAUGGACACGGACACGGCCAUGCAACUAUUCUGAACCAGCAUUAUGAGACUGUUCGUGAGCUGCGGGCAGGUAAUCACAAGCUCAUGGAUAAGCAUGAGUUUCAUGUGAUCGAUGAGAAGACUGCCCUGAUUCAGGUGUAUCAGCCCGUUCCGAUUGACCUGAGUCAGUGGGGUGGCAGCUCGGAGCAGCAGUGGAUUGUGGAUGCUAUCUUCCAGGAAUUGGAUAUUGCUACCGGCGAACUACUCUUUGAGUGGUCCAGCCUAGAGCAUGUUAGUCCGGAUGAAGCGGUUCUCCCGCUGAAUCCCGGCCAGGCAGGCGCAGGCUACAAUUCUUCCGAUGCGUGGGACUACUUCCACAUCAACUCGGUCGACAAAGACGCCGAGGGCAACUAUCUCAUCUCCGCCCGUGAUGCCUGUGCCGUGCACAAGAUCAAUGGAACCACCGGCGAGAUAAUCUGGCGCCUCGGUGGACUCCGGUCAGACUUUGACCUAGGUCCCAAUGUGCGUUUCUGCUUCCAGCACCACGCGCGGUUCCUCUCUCAAGAAGGCGACGAGGAAAUCAUCUCACUAUUCGACAAUUCCGCCCAUGGCACCGAAAACCAUCGCGGCCACGAAGUCCACACGCACCCAUUCUCGCAGGGUAAGAUUAUCUCAGUCAACACGGCCACCUGGACCGCACGGACCGUUCAGGCGUUCCAACCACCGGAUGGACUCCUCGCCAAGUCGCAGGGUAGCACUCAAAUCCUGCCCAACGGUAAUGCGUUGGUCAAUUGGGGCUCCGAAGGAGCCUUGACCGAAUUCCGACCGGACGGAACUCCCAUUCUCCAUGCGUACAUGGACUCGGGGCUCCUUGGCGAGGGCGUCCAGAACUAUCGUGCAUUCCGGUACAACUGGACCGGUCUGCCGACCGAGGAGCCUGCCAUCGUCGCGCAAAAGACUUCCUCGGGUACAGCCGUGUAUGUCUCGUGGAAUGGAGAUACCGAGACGGCCGUUUGGCGAUUCUAUGCGGUCACCGACCGGUAUGGGUCGCGAUCCUACUUGGGUGAGGUCCCGCGUCGGGGCUUUGAGACCGAGUUUGUAUUUUCUGGGCAUGCCUCUGCGCAAAUCUCGGCGGAGGCUGUCUCAAACAGUGGUCGCAUUUUGAGAAUUACUCAGGCGGUGCUUCUCCAGGAGGCGGUGUUGCCUCCGGUUAGCAGUGAUUUUGGCGGUCGCUCGGCUGGUUGGCGACAGAGUGUGUUGCGUGGGCUUUAA